AUGGCUGGUAGGAGACAGCCCGAAUAUCUGACACGUAUUUUUUUUUGUAAACAUUUUCUCUUCUUUCCCCUCUUCCAUUUCUCUCUCUCUCUCUCUCUCUCUUCUUUUCCCCUUCUUUUUCUCUCUCUCUUCUUCCCAUUUCUGUCUCCCUUCUUCCCAUUUCUUCUUCCCAUUUCUAAAUUCUUCUUUCUCCCUCCUUCCCAUUUUUUUUUCUUCUCUCUAUUCCUUCCCAUUUCUGUCUUUUGUUUUUUGUUAUCCUUCCCUUUUCUUUUUUCUCUUUCUCUCCUCCCUUCCCAUUUCUGUCUCUCUUCUUUCUCCUCCCUUCCCAUUUCUGUUUCUCUUUUUCCCCCUCCUUCCUAUUUCUGUCUCUCUUCUUUCUCCCUCCUUCCCAUUUCUGUCUCUCUUCUUUCUCCCUCCUUCCCAUUUCUGUCUCUUUUUUUCUCCCUCCUUCCCAUUUCUGUCUCUCUUCUUUCUCACUCCUUCCUAUUUCUGUCUCUCUUCUUUCUCCCUCCUUCCCAUUUCUGUCUCUAUUUUUCUCCCUCCUUCCCAUUUCUGUCUGUCUUCUUUCUUCCUCCUUCCCAUUUCUGUCUGUCUUCUUUCUUCCUCCUUCCCAUUUCUGUCUCUCUUCUUUCUCCCUCCUUCCCAUUUCUGUCUCUAUUUUUCUCCCUCUUUCCCAUUUCUGUCUCUAUUCUUUCCCCCUCCUUCCCAUUUCUGUCUCCCUCUAUCAAAUUCUUAGCCAGGACUUUAAAAAAAUCCUUAUUUUAA